UACUUCGGAAACCACAAAAAAAGUUCCAUAAGAAUUAACAAGUUAGCUCAAUUUAGCAUCUUAAACAAUGACGAAGGAAGAAGCAGCAACGAAGAAGACAGAAGCAAAAGAAGAAGGCACUACGUCAAAACACAAAAGCAUAAGUUACAAAGACAUCAACAAAAAGAAAAGUGUGAAAAUAAUAGGGUUUAUUGGCGUUUUAAUUAUAAUAGGUGUUGCCUCUGCCGUCAUGUACUACGCAAACAAACCACCGGUUCCACGGUUCAUGCUUGACGAUCUCUACGUCGACCCACUCUCAAAAUCAAGUGUGCUGGUAAAACUGUCAUCGACCAACCCAAGCUCUUCGACUCUUCACUACAGCAAGGGGAGUCUACUCGUGCAGAUCGAAGGAAUUUUCGAGACAGAUAGGGUUUUCUUGCAGGAGACGUCUCAGGAGCCACAUGAACGUACCACGUGGACAGCUGUCGUAGCAAGCAACAAGAAGGAUGAGCCUAAUGGGAGUUUUCAGAUGAGAAACGGUAUCACAAACGGUGUCGUAAUUGCAGAUCUAAAGAUCUACAAGAGUUCGAUCUUCAAGACUAGUUUGCGCGUUAGGUGUCCAGUUGUACUCAACUUGAAAGACUUGACCUCUACAGUUUCCAAACCAAUGGUUACUUGCUCAACAUGAAAGUCUAGCAUUUUUUGUAUUUUCUUAC